CGCGCCGCCCACCAGGAAUGCGCAUAAAAGACGACAGACUAAGCGAAUGUAGCUACUUAGUUACACGAAUGCAAUGGACAGAAGAAGAGACAUUCAUUUCCGCUCACCUCAGUGUUGCUACUGUUGUUCCUGACAGUCCUGGGACUGCACUGCUGCUGGGAGAUGAAGUAUCAGCUAAUGCCACCCAGAACUGCUAUGCCCAGUUCCUCAGCUACUCUACAUCGUGCCUGGUAAACUACGAGUCUUCUCUCAUCCUGCACUGUCCCAACACGGCAACCAACUCAUCUUCACACGGUGAAUGGUGGAAACAGAAUCCAACCACCGAAGGCCACAGGGAGCUCUGCUACGACAGAAAUUGCACCCUCUACAAACCCCUUCAUAACGAAGACAACUGCCGUCUACUUUUGUCAGAUGUCAGACAGGAAGUACUCACGUCAAUGUCACUGUUUGGGUAUGCAUUUCAUGCUAAUGGAGAUUACUCGCUACUCUUUCUCCACCCACCGUCCAUAGUCUGCGACCCUGAGUUCUGCACCGUUACGAAUCCAGCAAACAUGUCGUCAACCACUCAUAACCAGGUGUGGGACGAAGACAUCCGCUCACUGGACACACUACAGUGGUCAAGCACUGAGUCGAGUGACGACGAUAAGGUACCAGUCACCCGACGAAAGACAUCGACUUAUGAGUAUGAAACACUGACUCUGCAGACCACUGGAGACGGACUGGCUCUACAGUUGAGCCACCAAAGUCAGCUGGUAACCAAACCACCUCUCUACAAGAGAGAGACUCGUCACGUUAACGCUCACCACCCUCACCCGGCAGUCGACAGUUCUACAUUGUGGUCUGCUUCACCACAGACACCAGCAUCGACCAUGUUGAACAUCACAACUCACACCGCUCCUGCGUUAAUGUCAAGAGAAAUCUUCGACUCUUCCCACGGUAUACCCAUCGUCCCCAGCCUGGACGUGGACAGAAGUGAAACUGGCUGUUCGGGGAGUCCAUCAUUGAUCUGUCAUACUAGUGAAGAGACCUAUGUAAAAUACACUGGGAACUGAUGCUGACGUGGUCUACUGAUUCCUCUGACAGGGACCUCAACAGCACCAAUGUGUUGACUGUGACCUCCUCGCUCCGCUACAAGGAGAUUUGAGUGGGUAUGUGUAUGCGGGGAUAGGUGUGGGGGAGGUGUGGUGUCUCGGGUGAGUGUGUGGCAGUUGUGAUCGGGAGGUCUGGUACAAGAGAAGAAAACUGCCGCCCAAAGAGCUCGCAGAAGGGCUGAGAGAGACAUGCGGCUCGUAACGUGGGGGCAGACGGUAGAAUGCCCACGCGCUGAAGCUAGUGACAAUGAUACUGACCCGUGGACACACCUCAUCGUCGUAUGUCAGUGUACAGAGUGUUUUGUGCUAUUCCAAGACAUGGACAUUGGCAUUAACAGUGACACAGCACCUUCAGAAAUUAAAAUAGUUGUGCUACAACUGAUAGUGAAGGCCACUACAAGAGACUUUAGAAACACUCACUUUUUCAUAGCUAGCACGUUUUGUGUAUGUGAAGGCAGUCAGUAUACUUUUCAUAGGUACACUCUGGAGGGACUGACAAGAUGCAAGAAAA